CACACACACACACACACACGCGCGCACACACAUAAAGGUUAAGGUAAAUAACAGCGCAGCUUUUAGCGAGGGAUCUGGACCCGUGUUCGCGUUCGCCCAUGAGCGAUGGAAGCGCGCUCCCGAGGCUCCAGGUGAAUGAGAGGGGAGCAGAGGAGCGGUUUCGCUGUGCGUCGCACUAAAAAGGAACAAUUGGAGGAAAAUGAGUUGUGUUACGUCGCUUGGGGCCCAUGCGUUUAUGACAACAUACCUUCUCUUCGUGAUGGGAUGCGUUGCACAGAAAGUAUACUUUGACUGUGGUGCCAGGGUGGAUGUGGUGGACGUCCAAGGCCUCAUUCUGUCCCCUGGCUUCCCUUACAACUACUCAUCCGGGACGCACUGUGUUUGGCAGUUCUUUGUGCCUGUUGAUUACCAGCUUAUUCUGGAGAUAUUUGACUUUGAUGUGUUUGAAAACCAUGACUCUGCCCAGUACUCUGCUUUCUCCAAUUUCGCAAAGGAAAAGGCAGACCAAGAGGGGACUUUCACUCCUGGCAGCUUAGAGGUAGAUAAAACUCCAUCAGCAGCAAAAGAGCCCAUGCUUCAGCGUGUACGGGAUAUUGCAAAGACUAGGCAGUCCUCCCAAAAUGGCCGGCGCAAGCAAGUGGUGGUCCAAGAACGGUCCACGAAGAUGGAGGUCGCCAAAGUCUCAAAUUCCGCCAAAAGGUCAGCGGAGACCUCCAGUGGCCUUUCUUCGCCAUCUCCCCCCUCUCCCCUUCUCCUGCCCGGUGCGGUGUCUCCGGAAGACAAGGCCGUCAACUCCGUCUCCUCGUCUCACGCCAGGGGAGACCUCAGUCCCGGUUCUAACCCGAUCGCGGCUGCGCAAGAGGCCACCGUCGCCCCGCCGCGCUCCACCGACGCCCCAGCCGCCAGCCCGGAAACCCAGCACUCGCUGCUGGACGCCUGCCCCCACGACGUCCUCUACAUCUCGGACCUCAUCACCUUCUCCUCCAGGUUCUGCGGGUCCAACCGGCCUUCCGACAGCCAGCUGGUUUUCGGCUCCACCCGGGAGAUGGUGGAGGUCAUCAUGGAGCUCAUCACCACCACCCACUGGGGCCGCGGGUUCGCCCUUCUCUUCCACUACCACAACCUGACCGAGCCUGGGGGGGACCGCCGUGCCUCGGCUCCCGCAGCCAGCAAGGUGGACUCCUUCCUGGCUGCCGUGAGCGGAGCGGCCUUCUUCGCAAUGAUACUUACCAGUGCCCUCUGCAUCAUAUUCAGACCCAACCUGUGUCCAAAAAGAGAAAGCUCCUGUGCAUCCAGCACCUCUGAGGUGCCGGAGGGAGUCCAGAACACGGCGGCUGAGGUCAGCGAGCUGCAGCUGAUGGCUGAGAAUCGGAGCAACCUGGAAGCAACCACGGAGCACGACAACAACAACGACAGCCCGCCGCACACAGUCAGUGCAGGUGGGGACAUUUCCCAAAGUGCAGAGGUGGACCUUUCCUGCAGCGGUUUGACUGAACUCGACCUUGGUGCAGAUGAGGUUUUUAUUGUAUCUUCAGCCACUAGCCCAAGCAGGCUGCCCUUCUCGCCUCACACGCAGAGGGAGAGGUUUCUUCGUCACAGCGACACCGGCCCCAGCUCAGCGGGCGAUUGGCCCUCGCCGGACUCCGCCACCUCGCCCGCUGGCGCCAGGUCUCCCAAGGGCGUCGGCUGUGCCAGGCCCAGGGCGUGGAGCGUCCGCACCUUCCAGGACUUCCUGCCUCCACUGCCACAGCUGCACAAGAAGUGGUGCAGCUGGAACUCCAACAGUCCCUUCACCAAGCUGGUGGACAGCGCUCCGUCCAGCUCGGGGGCUGACUGCGGAGGGGAGAACAGAAGGAGGGUCUUCUCGGACGUUCACCUGGACGCUAACGGGGACAAGAGCUCCGACUCGUCCAUCAGCAAUGCUUCCUACCCUCUCUCGCAGCCCGCCCAGAGGCAACGGCGCCUCAACUCCACCAGCAACCUGCGCCGCUCCCGCUUCACGGGGCCCUGCUUCGGCCUCCUCUCCGGGGCCACGGAGCCGACCAAAGCCCCCGGGGCUCCUCACGCCGAGGCCGCCCCGUCAGAACCCGGCCCGCUCCCAUCUCCCUCCAGCCAGAGUCAGAUCGAGGGCGGCCCGGCGGGGAAGAGGCGCGACUUCCCGGGCGAGAGCGACCACGUCAGCGUGCCCGUGUUCGCCAUCUCCGAGGAGGAGGACCGGCAGCCCCUCGUCCCGGCCGAGCAACUGGACCGCGCGUCCGCCUCUGCUCCCGCGUCGAACGGCUCGCUGAAGGGGCAGCGCCAGGGGGCGGAGCCCGUCGGCGGAAAAACUAGCCUCGGCCCGCAGGGCCAGCGGGCCAGACCGGAGCGGAGGGCGUGGGGGAGCCAGGCGUCGGGAGGGGUCGGCCCGCUCUCUCCCGACGCCCUCGCCGCCGUGACUGGGUCGAGCGCCGCCUACGAGAGCAAGCCGCCCCUCGGCCGGCCCGCGGCAAUGUUCAGCAUGACCAACCAGGUGUGAGCGGACGCGCUUCGCGCAGCGGGGCGUCCAGCGGGCCAUUUGUGAAGUCACUUUGUGUAGCAGGUAACCUAAUACGCCUUUGACUUCUGCAAGGCCAUUACCCAGCAUGUUCUGUAGCCUCCCGCCGCCAUAGUCGUCUCCCUCUAGUUGUUUUUUUUUUUUUUAAGUUAAAGUUUGGACAAAGAUGGAAUAUUAUGUUGCUUACCGUGCCAUGGCUGCUGGGGUAUUAUUUGUUUAAAAAAAGAGGUGACUGAUAGCAGACGAGAGCAAAUAAGUAUUUUGUAAAUGUGAGUCCUCUUCAGAACCCUCAGCUGUUAGGAGCACUUUAUAACCAGGUUUAUUUACCACUUUGAUGCUCUUCGCUUUAAACAGUUGCCGUGUGUCAGCUAACUGCUUUCCCCCUUAAUGUGGUUCUUCAUAUAGUUAUUUCUUUUAGUACGAGCUAACAAAUGCUUAUUUACCCAAAAUUGUACUACAGAGCAUAGAAAUGUACAUCGAUAAUAUUGCAACAGUUUCUUCAUAACAAAUGUACUCCUAAGGCUGAUACUGGAUUAUCAAAGGGAAAUCAAAAUAAAGUGAUUGUAUAGUAAUUGAGGUAUAAACAUAGUAUACUAAUAUUCACUAGUAUUUAGUAUUAAGAGAGAAGUAGCAAUCACAAGAGUAUUUAGUAUGAGUUCUGAAUUAAUGUUAAAUUUUAAUAAAAGCUAUAUCAUUCA